AUGGUGACAAAAUUCUACCAGCAUGUCUUGGCUUUGGCAUUUGCAGUAAGUGAGAUCAACAGGAAUCCCAAGAUCUUGCCCAAUGUUACACUCGGGUUCCACAUCUAUGACAGCUACUAUGAUGUGAAGAUGACCUAUCGUACUACUCUGGACAUGCUGUUCAAAUUACAUAGAUUUGUCCCUAAUUAUAGGUGUGAUAUCCAGGAAAGCCCAACAGCCGUUGUUGGGGGACUUGGCUAUGAUAUCUCCUACCACAUGGCUGACAUCUUAAGUCUCUACAAAAUCCCUCAGCUUACAUAUGGCUCAUACAGGCCAGAGAGAAGUGAUACAACACAACCCCCUUCCUUUUACCGUUUGGCACCAAAUGAAGCGCAUCAGUCCAUGGGGCUCAUCCGGUUACUUCAGUAUUUCAACUGGAUAUGGGUCGGGCUUUUUGCAGUGGAUGAUGACAGUGGAGAACAUUUCAUGCAGGCUCUACAAGAGUUGCUUUUGCAGAAUAAAAUUUGUUUGGCCUUCGCAGAAAGAAUCCCAAACCACGGUAACUGGAAUAUUUUGGGUGACCUUGCAGAUUUAAUCUCAAAGAUUUAUUUACCUUUCAUAGACAGCAAAGCCAAUACCUUUAUCAUGUAUGGAGAAACUAGGACCGUUGUGAAGCUGAUUAUUUCACUGUUUCUAGGAGAUUUUCAAUAUAAGGAAAAUCCAUCUUAUAGCAAGGUGUGGGUUAUGACAGCCCAAGCUGAUUUUACAUUAUUAAGUACUCAAAGGGCCUGGGAUUUCGAAUUCUUCCAUGGAGCUAUUUGCUUCACAAUAAGCUCAAGUGAGCGUCUAGAGUUUCAGACAUUUCUUCAUGCUGUAAAACCACAAUGGAGUGACAGAGAUAGUUUUCUCAAGGAGUUUUGGGAGCAAGCCUUUGACUGUACAUUUCCUAAUCAGCAAGAGCAGAGGAAGCUUGAUGGCACAUGUACUGGGGAAGAGAAGCUGGAGUGUCUUCCUGAGCCUCUUUUUGAAAUGCAUAUGAGUGGCCACAGUUACAGUAUCUAUAACGCCGUCUAUGCCGUAGCACAUGCUUUGCAUGCUGUGCCUUCAUCUCGAUCGAAUUACCGAAGAGUGGUGAGUGAUCAAAGAGCUCAGCUGCAACAUCUCCAGCCUUGGCAGGUUCUUCCCAUUUCUGUAUGUAACGCCUACUGCCCCCCUGGUUCUCACAAGGCAAAGAAGGAAGGGGAGAAUUUUUGCUGCUACAGUUGUGUUCUGUGUCCGGAAGGGAUGGUUUCAAAUCAGAAAGACAUGAGCGCCUGCAUCAAAUGCCCAGGAGAGCUCUAUCCAAGUAAUGGCCAUAAUCAGUGCAUUCCUAAAGUUAUAACCUUUCUGUCUUAUGAAGAACCUUUAGGGAUUACUCUAUCUUCAGUAACUGUUUCCUUCUCCCUGGCCACAGCCUUGGUGCUAGGAACUUUUAUUAAGCAUAAAGAUACCCCCAUAGUCAAAGCCAACAACAAAAAUGUCUCCUACGCUCUCCUCAUCUCCCUCCUGCUCUGCUUCCUCUGUUCUUUCCUCUUCCUUGGAAGACCAAGCAAGAUGACCUGCUUCUUCCGACAAGCUGCUUUUGGCAUCAUCUUCACCGUGGCUGUUUCUUGUGUCUUGGUCAAAACCGUCACUGUGGUGGUUGCUUUCAUGGCGACCAAACCAGGAUCAUACAUGAGAAAGUGGCUGGGGAAGAGUCUGACCAUCUUCAUAGUCCUUUCCUGCUUUAUUAUCCAGACAUGCAUUUGUACAAUAUGGCUAGGAACCUCUCCCCCCUUCCCAGAUUUGAACAUACAGUCACUGGCUGAAGAGAUCAUAGUAGAAUGUAAUGAAGGAUCUGUUCUUAUGUUUUAUAUUGUUCUGGGCUAUUUGGGACUUCUGUCCCUCAUUAGCUUGUCUGUGGCUUUCCCAGCCAGGAAGCUGCCAGAAAGUUUCAAUGAAGCCAAGUUUAUCACCUUCAGCAUGCUGAUGUUUUGCAGUGUUUGGUUGUCAUUCGUUCCAACCUACCUGAGCACCAAAGGGAAAUACGUGGUAGCUGUGGAGAUCUUCUCUAUCUUGACCUCCAGUGCAGCAUUGCUUUUUUGUAUCUUUCUCCCUAAGUGCUACAUUAUUGUGCUGAGGCCUGAACUGAACAAGAGGAAUCAACUAAUAAAGAGAAACAAUUGA